AAGAAACAAAAAAAUCUCUAAACACAUAUACAGAAGAAAGCACAAACUAAAGUUAGAAAAAAACAAACAAACAAACAAAAAGUAUGGGGAACUGUUUAGUAAUGGAGAAGAAAGUGAUAAAGAUAAUGAGAAAUGAUGGGAAAGUAGUUGAAUACAGAGGACCUAUGAAGGUUCAUCACAUCCUCACCCAAUUCUCUCCUCACUACUCUCUCUUUGACUCUCUCACCAACAAUUGUCAUCUUCAUCCCCAAGCCAAGCUUCUCUGUGGCCGUCUCUACUAUCUAUUGCCCCAGGAGACUAACUCAAUCAAGCACAUGAAGAAGACGAUGAAGAAAGUCAGGUUUGCAAAUCCAGAGGUGGAAAAAGAAGAACAAGAAGAAGAUAGAUUAACAGAUUGUUGUGACAACACCAAGGAGAAGACUAAUGGUGUUGUGAGAGUGAAGAUGGUUGUGAGUAAGCAAGAGCUGGAGAAGCUGCUUCAAGGAGGUUCUGUUCAUGAAAUGGUUUAUAGGACUCUUGCUAAGCAACAUCUGUGUGAUGAUGAUGAUGAGUGUCAUAAAGAAGGCUGGAGACCUUUGUUAGAUAGCAUUCCUGAAACUGAUUAGCCCAUGGGAUGUUAUAUCUAGAUAUAUAUGUGACAUAUACUUAUAUACAUAGAUAGAUAACACAAGCUUGUUCAAGAGAAAAGAAGAAAACUUGUAAUUCCCAGAAAUACUGUUCCAAGGGUUGGUAGUACAUGAAACCCUUUUUGUAGAAAGUUUAAAAAUUUGUACUAAACCCCAAAAAUGUAAACUUGUUAGGACGGAAUUUUCCAAAAGUU